AGCGUCAGCGGUCUGACCUCGAAUAACCACGGUGGAUGUGAUGGUUAAAAACCUGCGGACUAUAUAUGGAGGAAAUUACAGCACAUCGGAUGGGUGGAUUGUCCCCAGGUUGUCCGAAGAAACUGAACCACUCUCAUCCUCGUCUUCAAAGACCCAGCAACAGUGCUCGACGCAGUGCAGAAGCACUUAAUCUCCUCGGCUGGAACGAGAGCAGGCACGCAGUUCGUCGACGAUCAUCGCUUCAUACGCAGAGUUGACAUUGAACAGAUGGUGGAAUUGUGAGAGGAACUGAGAGUGGAGAGUUGAGAAGCCAUGGCCGCCACCGUCAGCGAGCCUUUUUUACCUCCUGCAGCAUCUCCAACGCCCCUUGCUGCAACGACUCUACCUGGUAGCGAAGCAUCGAACAUUUCUGAAGCACCGAAAAAUGACAAUUGGCGAUUUAUCGAACCACAACCAAUCCGUGAGGAUCAAGUAGAAAAUGCAGUCAAGUUUCUUUCUCAUCCUAAAGUGAAAGGGUCACCAAUUGUAUACCGGAGAUCCUUUUUGGAAAAGAAAGGCUUGUCGAGAGAGGAGAUUGAUGAAGCCUUUCGGCGGGUCCCCGAUCCUCCAUCUGACUCGUCAACUGGCACGCUACCAACCGCAGGUGCUCAAUCAACCCCUGUCGCUAUCCCAAAACAGAUGCCAGCAAUGCAGCCAGGCGGGGGCCAGUUGGCAGUGACGCAGCCGAAGUCCACAAGCUGGGCACAGAUGGUUCUUGCGCUUGGAGUGCUAACCGCUGCUGGAGCAGGGGCAGGCAUUCUUACCAAGAGGUUUCUUCUUCCGAAGUUCAAGCACUGGAUUCGUUAUGUUGUUCUGGGUGAGAGUGCCCCUGUUGAAACUAUCAAACCAAAAAAGCUAAACCCGGUGGAAGAGGCAACCGCUCAAGCAGCCGCCGCUGCUGCAGCCGCUGCCACAGCAGCCACUCAAAUGGCUGGAGCAAUGCAGGAGAUUGCUCACUCUAGAGCCGAAGAUCGCCAGCGCCUUGACAAUAUCAUCAGAGCUGUUGAAGCUCAAACACAGGAGCUGAAGAACGCCUUAGCAGGCAUGAAAGACGCCGCGCUUAGUUCAGAAAUUACCAAAUAUCCCCGUUCUGUGCCAGUCAGCGGUCAAGCGAACGGUUUCGACAGUUUAGACUACUGGAAAGGUCAGACAAAUGGGUCCAGACCUUCGUCCGCAUCUGAAAUUAGGGGCGAUAAAGCAUUCAGGGCUCCUAACAGUGCAUCAAUACCAGAGCAUGCGAACGGGAGUUACAACCUCGGUCAUCAAGCGAGAUCGAUGACUGCGUCGCCGACCAGUGUGCCAACCCAAGCUCCCCACUCUCAAUCGUAUAUGGAUGUUAUUGCAAUGUUGGAACGAGGAGAAAAGCCCCCGGGAAUUAGGGAGGUGAAUGAUAAACCUCCAAAUCCCAAUCAGCCGCCCUCAAACCCUCGGUUACAACCAAGGCCAAAGCCAUGGGAGAAGAGUAGUUCGGAAGCUCGACCAAUUAGCCCCAUUUAUAAUAGUGAAGUUGAACAACAGCCUGGAAGACAUGUCGAAAAUCGAAACAUUGCGAACAAUGUUGGGUACAAUUCUACUGUACGUACAGAAGCUGCAAGUAGCUCAGGAACUGGGGGUUCGUCGGAGCCGUGGUGGCGAAAAAAGACCGAAGCCGAGGUUUUACCGAGUCCUCCCACGGUAAAGAUAACAGAGGUUGAUCCGGUAACAGAAAAUGAGGUUCCACCAGUGCAGGCUAGUGUCCCAAGCCCAGCUGUCUACAACCAAGGCACACGAUCUGGCUGGGUGCCACCUUCCGUUCCGCAGCCGAUUUACCCAGGUGCUCACGAAGCAAUUAGACGUCCUAAGUCAGCUGUCGGGUCGUCCUCAAGUUCGCAAUUUGUAGGCGAAAGUGGCUAUGGAUCUGGAUCUGCUCCUCUGAACUCACUCCCCCCGUCUCAAAAUGGAGAGGCUGUAGUCGAAGUACCAGCUGAAGGUGCCACGCCGACUGAACAAUCAAUGCAUCAGCCUGAGCAACACGAUGUGGUUUCGGUAGAGAGAGAACCAGAUGUCACUGAGACUGCCCUUGUUGAUCCGAACCGUACCUUUAAGGAUGUUGUGAACGAAGAUUGAUGUAUGGUAGGAGCUUCUACCUACAUACGAACAGGAAAGUAGUCAGCAGUUAAGUCUGAAGUACAAACCGAGGACUUCAAUUUCCAGUUCGCUUCUUUUUUUCGUUUGUGGUAGGAGCUUUCCAGUCAGUUACAUGUUCGGGCUUAGCCCGUCAGAUAGACAGUGUACAGGUUCUUGAUAUUUCUACCAUGAAUUCAAUGGAGGAUUAACGGAGUAAAUCAGAGCGGAUGUUUCCGCCUAAUUCUUGU